GCGGCCUACACGUCUACGAAGCUUUGCUGUAUUUAAUUUGGUUUUUGCGAAUAAUUGUGCAUAUCCAUUCUUAUUCGGCUGAUAGUAAUAGUUUCUAAACUAAUUUUUUUAACUUUUGCGCAUUUUUCUACCGCCAAUCCCAUCGCCAUGAUUGGUUCGCACUUGUAGGAAUCUGCUAUUACCGACCAAGUACACCUCUUAAACUCGCCUCGGUUUCAGAUCAAAUUGUUUAGUUAAGUUUAGCGACGUCUUAAUCUUAGCGGUAGAUUUAAUUAUUUCGCACUGGUAGCGAGUUGGAGAGCAUUUCAAUUUGUUAGUUACAAAGUUCACAUUAGUUUUGAAAAUUCGAGAUGAUUCGCCAUGUUGGAUUGUAAUGGCCGCGACUAGAGUGUAGUGACAAGUUUCUCUUAACAUUUAGUGAUAUUAAUGAAAUACUGGAAACAUGGAGGAUAGCGAUGACACAAUUAAUGUGGUUGUGAGGGUGAGGCCUACAAUCAGCAGAGAGCAAAAGGAAGGAUGCAAGGAGUUCUGGAAGGUUGAGGACAAUACAAUCUGUCUGAUCAACGAUGGCAGUUCAACUAUGCACGAUAAUUUUUACAUAUUUGACUACAUAUUUGAUAAGCAGAAGAAGAAUGCAGACGUCUAUAAUAAAGUUAGACCUAUUGUUCAGUCUGCUAUUGAUGGUAUUAAUGGUACAGUAUUUGCGUAUGGGCAGACAUCAUCUGGAAAGACACACUCCAUAAUGGGAGAUCAAAAGGAGAAAGGAAUCAUACCGCUGGCUAUAGAUGAUAUAUUUCAUGUUAUUCAAAAUGAUAACAAGAGGAAGUAUUUGCUAAGGAGUUCCUAUAUUGAAAUCUAUAACGAUAAAAUUAAUGACUUGUUGAAUAAAUCACAAACUGAUUUGAAAAUCCGUGAGGAUAUAAGUGGUAAUUUGAGUAUAGCCAAUUGUGUGGAGGAGAUCACUCGCUCUAGUGAUGAACUCAUGGAUGUUGUGAUGAAAGGCAACAGAAAUAGACAGAUCUUUGGUACAGCUAUGAAUGAGAGGAGUUCCAGAAGCCACGUAAUAUUUAAAAUAGUGAUUGAGUCAUCCCCAAGUGAUGAUGUUUGUGGAGAUGAGGAGAUUCCAGUGCAAGUGUCACAAUUGUAUUUUGUGGAUUUGGCUGGUUCUGAACGGGUAGCCCAGACAAAGGCUACAGGUGCAAGACUCAAGGAAGGUGGUCAAAUAAAUAAAUCGCUUUCAAUUUUGUCCAGAGUUAUUCGACAGCUUGCAGAGAAUGUAAGCCAUGUAAAUUUUAGGGACUCGAAACUUACAAGACUGCUCUCUAAUGCAUUAGGAGGGAAUUGCAAGACCCUUAUUAUUGCUGCAGUUACACCAGUUUCAAUAGAAAAUACGCAAUCUACUCUAAUGUUUGCACAAGCUGCAAAGACAAUUAAAACAAAACCACGAGUAAACCAGGUGCUUACCAAUGAAGCUUUAAUAAAGCAACAGAAAAAUAAAGAGAAGAAAUUGAUCAAUCAACUCGAACUUGAGCGUACAAAAAACAUAACUUUACAAGUAAACCAGUCUAUGAAAGAUAAGAUGAUUAAAAGUCUUGAAGAUCAAAUAAAAAAUAUUCAGCUUAGUUAUGUAAGAAGGGAACCAAUAAGGACCAGUAGUCGAAGACAUACAAUGGGUUUUGAAAGGCCAAGUUCGUCCAUGUAUAGUAAAAUUCCUCUACUUAGAAUAUCUGAAGAAACAAAACCUUCUCCAUCCUUCCUAACUGCGGAACCUGCUCCAUCCGAUCAUUCUGAGGAGGCGCUAGAUACGAUUACCAUUCCUGAUGAAAUGGAUGUGUCCGAAGUAGAAUCUACUUGCAGUACCCCCAAACGAGUUCUUCGACAGCGACUUGUGGAUUUGGAUGAAUCGCACACCGAACUUAAAAAGUUCAAUCAGUACGAACAUGAUUUCAACACGAUGCAGGAAUUGGAAAAUUUGAAUAAGGAGCUGGAAACGGAGAGGACUAAAAGGAAAGACAUUGAAGAGAGUUUCAUGUCAAUGCGCGAUUUAGUUGACAAGCUAGAAAUUAAAAAUAGUGAAAUGGAGAUAUCAAUGGAGUCUCUCAAGUCGCGCUUCAAAAUUCGCGAAUCUGAACUAUUAAGUGUGAUGUCAAAAAAGAAAUCCGAUAUUGCACAACCCAUGGAUAUUUCUACAAUUGAUACGGAUAAAAUUGAUAAUAAAAUGCAGUGUGAGGAAGCGAAAACAAGUAAGGAGUUCCAGAUUCGUGAAGAUAAAUUAUGCUUGGAGGCGAAGUUGGUUAUGGCGAUAGAGCAGAACAAGUUACUUUUAGAGGAGAACAGUGAAAUUAAGUUCCGAGAAACUUUACUGAAAAAUAAGAUAUUAGGAUCAUCCCAGAAUGAAAAUAUGUCGACUGAUGAUUUGACUAACAUAAGGAAAUGCGAUUUACGCAAAUCAAUAAGUGACUCAAAGAUCUGCAUUUAUGAUGAACCCAUCAUGGUCCGAUCAAGUUCUUCGCCGAACAUAAAUGAUCAAUCAGUUGGUUUGACGAACUCUAACGAAGAAAUUUUUGAAGAUCUAAGGAAAGGUUUCUCAUCGCUCCAAUCACUGCUUACAGCAAAUUCAUCUCAUCUUACCAAAAGUACACGUGAGGAAGUUAACAUAGAGCAGAACGAUUAUGUAAAUAAUCUACAAAUAAGAAAUAAUGAUCUUGAAAUGCAAAUAAUAAAACUCCAGCAGGAAAAUGAAAAACUUCUCAAUGAACAUUCUGCACAACUGACUACUAUGAAUGAUAAUCAUUCGGCUCAGGUGAUGACCUAUGAAAAUACAGUAAAGGAACUUAGUGGAUAUAAUAAAACUAUGGCUGAUGAAUACAAUAGUCAGCUGACUCAAGCUAAUACUCAAGCAUCCAUUGAGUUAAGUGACGGUGAACAUAAGUUAGCAAAAGCUAAUAUUACAAUAAGCCAACUGCAAAAAGAGUUGCUUACAGUACAAGAUCAAUUGAACUUAAAUGAGAAAAGUAAGACGUCUGAAAUAGGUAAGAUUCAAAGCACUUACUCAGAACAACUGUCUGCAAUACAACAGGAUAUUGCCAAUAAAAAACAAGAAGAAAAUGAGUGCACAGAUGAAAUUGAUUUGAUAAAGGAAGCUUUAAAGAAAUAUGAAACAGAAAUAGAUAAUUUGAAGCUGAAUAUAACAAAGCAAAACAAUUAUUCUUUAGAGCGAUAUAAUAAUUACGAACGAGUUAUAAAUGAAAUGCAGAUAACGAGCAAAACUGUAUUAGAAGAGAAGGAGUGCGAAACUAAAAUGGUAUCUGAGAAGAGCAUGGAACGUAUUAAGGAGUUAGAAGCUAAUAUAAGUUCUCUUCAAGUAGAAUUGGAGACAAAUAAUAAAGAGAGUAUCGAAAUAUCAAUGGAAGUAAAACGUUUGCAACUAUUAGUAGAAUCCGGUCAGAGCAGCUUGGAUGCAGCAAACAGAUCCUAUGAAGCUUUGCAAUUGCAGCUGCAGCAAGAAAAAAGUUCUCUGAAUACUCAAGUGGAGACUGCAAAUAAGGAACGCAAUGAAGCAAUCAAACAAUCUAAAAGCAUGCAAGAGAUGUAUCAAACGACCAUGGACAACUUGAAUGCGGCGAGCGAAUACAGCAAAAGCAUUCAACAUGAGUCCAACAAAGAUAUGAAUCUGAUGAGAUCAGAAUUAGAUCAAGCUAUUGAAGAGAAGAAGCAGCUUGCUUUGGAACUAACAAAUGUUCGCCAGCAGCACGAACAAAUAAAUGCUGCCACAAACGAGCAGUUGCAAAGCCUAAAAAGUACAUUGAAUGCCAACAACGAGGAGAUGAAAGAAUUGAGAGUCUUAUUGGCUGAAAAGGAUGCACAUUUAAAGAAUAUUAAUGAUGAUUUGGCCCAGCAGUACAAACAGAAGGUGGGGAAAUUAGAAGAUGAUAUUAAGAGACAAGAUGAUACCGUAAGGGUGAGAGAUACACAAAUAAUAGAGCUUACCGCAUCACUGAAGAAUGCUUCUGAUGAAGUGUUGCUGCUGAAAGAGAAAUUAUCUCAAAGUAUUAAAUGUAAUGAAGACCUGUUAAAUGAAGGUUCCAUGCAAAUACAGCAUCUUGAAGAGGAAUUGAAUUUGAAACAUAACGAAUUGAAAAGAACUGAACGGCUGUUUGAGGAAUUGAAGCUAAACCACAUUGUUGAAGUGAAAGAUCUUGAAGAUAAGAUCAAACAACACGAGCCUGCGGUUAAAAGGGAAAACGAUGAUAAUGAUACCAAUAAUGAAGAUUCUACGAUUCCAAGUGAUAUGGAAUCUGAUACAAAGCCUCUUAAACAUAUGUUAUGUGAAUGCGCUAUAGAGAUAAAGAGAUUGGAGGAGCAACUAAAUGCGGUGCGAAAUAAUCUUGUCGCUGCAGAGAAGGCCAAUGAAGAGCUGGAAAAGAAUUAUAAAUCGCUCUACGAUACCCACGAGGCUGAAAUGACUAUCAAAAAUCAAGAGCUUGCUACAGUUAAUGAUACGAUCGUCCAAUACCAGAGGCGUCUGGCUGAUUCGAGAACCGAGUUGAAGGAUGCAAGAAUAAACAUCGAAGAUUUGAAAGAAAAAUAUAAUUUGGAGAUUAGUCAAUUGAAAGCGAAUCACAAGAAGAAAGAGAGCGAAUUAAAGUUAGAUAAAGAUACAAGAAUUAUUCGCAAUCAUAAGGAACAGAUCCAAGCUUAUGAAAAUAAAUUACGAUCUGUUAAUGCUAUCAAUGAUCGUUUAUUGGAAGAAAGUUCUGAUCAGGUGAAGCAACUCGAAAUGGAAGUGCAGAGUGUACAGGAGAAAAUUACCGCCGCAUAUAACAAUCACGCAGAUGAAAUUGAAAGAGUUCGUGCUAUGCAUAGCGAGGAAAUGCGCGCACUAAUGCAGGCUAAUGACCAUAAGGACUCUGUAAAAAUAAAUGAACUUAAAGAUUCGUAUGAAAAGACUAUGCAGCUUCAAAAUAUAGAAAUCGCAGCAUUGCAGAAGAAGCUUAAGGAAGAACUUAGGAAUAACGAAGCCAAUCUAAAGGUGCACACAAUUUCUAAAAGUAAUCUAGCAAAUGCGUUGAAUGUCGCAGAAGAAAAAAUAAAAAAAACUACAAAAGAAAUUGAAAAUUUAAAGGAGACUCAUACUAAGGAAGUUAAAAAUAUAAAUGACAAUCAUAAUCGCGUCAUAGAGAAUUAUCGCCAGAACAACGACUUAUUAAAAUCAUAUGCGAAGAAGAACAAUGAUCUUGAAAGCGAAAUAACUAAUCUGAAAAUACAAAUUCUAACGGCUCGUAAAAAUUGUGACACCAUGACAGAGUCGUAUUUGACGAACGUAACGAAAAUUAACCAAGACCACAGGAAGGAGAUUAAAUCUUUGGCAAAUUUGAGUACUCGUAAAGAAGAAGAAUGUAAAGAAAUUGCAGUAAUUUUGGAAAAAGAGAAAUGUGAGACUACGAAAUUAAAAGAAGAGCUGAAUAAAGCCUUAUUGACGAUUACUAAAUUGACUAAUACAACUGAUGAGCAGAAGAAAAAUAAAGAGGAUAUCGACUGUAAAUUACACAUCUUGAAUACAACAAUUAUUAAUAUAAGAGCUAUAAACGAAAAGCAUAAUAGAACCAUAAAAGAAUUAGAAAAGGACGUUGCUGUCAAGAAUCAAGAGAUUAGGGAAAUUAAGAAAAGAAACUCUAAUUUAGAAGAAAAAGUCAAGGAGAUGGAGCUUGAGAAAGCUAAUGAAGAGGAAGAAGAAUCACAAGAGACUGAAGAAGUUGAUAAUGUGCCCGAAGUCGCAGUACAAGAUGGCGCUAUUGCCAGCCUUGAUACAUUGGAAGCAAAUGGAUGCUCUUCGUGUGAACAAACAAUAAAUGAACUUAAAUCGACUGUGUAUAAGACGACACUGCACAACAGUAAAUUAAUAGACAAUUGCUACCGAUUGAGGAGUAAAAAUCAGUCGUUACAGUGCAAAAUUAACGAUUUCCGUAAAGCUCUACAAAAGACGAAAAAUCACAUGGAUACUCUCAAAAAAACUUUAGAGUCCGAAAAAGAUAACACUCGUAAAAUGACUGAAAAUUUGACUGUUAGCAAUUCAGAUGUGCAAGUACUGAAAGCUAAGCUCGCGGUGGAAUACGCGAACGUUGAAAAAUUGAAUAAGAAGAUCGUGGAGCUUCAAACUGCACAAAAGAUCUACAGAACACAUUUAAAAGAGCAAACGGUGGAAUCUAGGUUUGAAGAAGCGAAUACUUCAAAGUCGUUCCAAGAAGGAGUAAAGGAACGCAGGCAGUCCCUUCACGACCAGCGUAGGGACAUUGAUGCUUGUGAGAAAUGUCAGAAACGCCGCGCUGAGAUCGCGGAGUAUCAAAAGAGUAAUGACAAUUUGAUGAAGUUAAAUCAAAUGCUGAAUGAUCAACAUAAAAUUCUCCAAUCUAAACUUAGAAGUGAUGAAGACUCUGACGCACUUGAAUUGCAGGAUCAAUUCAAUUGCACUGAAAUUCUUUUAAGAAAUUUAAACCGGUGCAUGACCAAAGGGUAUGAUGCAUGCGAACAUUGUACAUCUCUGUUGAACUUUACCAAUAAGAAGGUGCUGGCAUUGAGCAAGAUCUCAGAGACAAAUUCGUUUUGGUAUACAAAAGUAGAGACAGAUUCACAAACUAUAAAUGAAGUGUUGAAACUCGUUGAUCGAUUUCUGCCAAUUUUAGGUAAUUUGGAAAGUGAAAGUCUUAAGACUCUGAACAAUGUAAAAUGUAAGCUUGAGGCAGCGAAAAAGAUGUUAGCAAAUAAACGAUGCUAUAUAGAAACAUUCCUCGAAGAAUUGAAGAAAGAUGUAAAUGUCCUGCAACCAAUUUUGUCUUCUCCUCCUGAUAAACGCUGCUUGUUUUUCGAAUCUAACAAAAAUGUUAUUGAUUUUUUCAUGUUGGUCAUUGAGAGGUUGACAACUUCCUUAAAAUAUUUAGAUGAAAUAUGCUUGGAAGAAAAGGAAAAGACACGUGACAGGAUCAUGGAAUUAGAUCAAAAUGUUUCGUAUGUUCAUGACAAAAUCGUGCGCAACAUGCCUUGCAGCGUCAACAUACUAAACUAUAACCAGCUGGCGCUUAAAUAUGCAUCGUUAAAGGCACUCAUUCGUAUGCGCUUGGACAACAACGAACAACUUCAAGACAUUGCAGAUUAUCUGCCGAUGGAUGAUGUUCGGCAACAAACAGCAGCUCAAUCCACUUCGCUAUCUUCUUUCAUUCCAAGUGAUACAUCAUUUCAUACUGUUAUACCUCCAGCAUCAACAUCAACUAGUCCACCCAAUUUACUUCUUCGAGCUCGUCGUAAAAUAAGAAACGUGCCAUCAACUUUCGUUCCAACUACUACAUCCGUUCAUACUUUCAUACCUCCAGCAUCAACUUCUACUAGUCCACCCAAUUUACUUCUUCGAGCUCGUAAAUUAAGAGACAUGCAGAAAAAAGAUUAAUUUUAGUUGGCUGUGUUAUUUUUUGUGAUUAUAUA